AGGGCAACGGCGUUCGUGUGAACGACUGCGCGGUUGCACCCGCCGCGACGACUCGAAUGCGCCGCGCGCCGCAAGGCUUCCUUCUGCCCUCUGCGGAUGAUCCUGGUACGGCGGGACGUGCGCGCGCGUCUCGGAGUCGCGUCCGCGACGAAUUCUCCGUCCGUCUCUCUCGUUAAAGCGGGACUGCCCACAGAUGCGCGGAAGCAAAAGCGAAUCGAUCGUCGGGUGAAAUACCGAAACUCGGGUGCGUGCUCCUCGUGCCGCACGUGUGCCCCCGGCCCUCUCUUUCUUUCUGUCUCUCGAGUGAGCGCGAGGAUAAUUCGUAUGAUUCUCCCGGCACACCCAGCCUAAUGACAGAUUGCCGUGGAUGAAAAAAAAACUGUGACAGGCGGACACAGAGGUUAUUGGAUUAAAAGUGAAAACUUGUCGUUCCUUCGGAUCCUCGUUUGGAUUACCGUUGCACGUUCGAAGGAGCUUUCUUCCUAAAUGAUAACGAGAAUUUAUCACUGUAGGAGGGAGCAGCAGAUUUCUCAGAGAGAGCGAGGAUCGUCACUGCAGCGAGAUUUCAUGAUGCCACCGUCGUGUGAUCAACGUUAGCAGAGUCCUCGCAAUGGCUUCGAUAUUGGGAGACGGAACGGGCCCCGGCAACGCCGGGCCCUCUCGAUGCCUCUUGCUCCUGCAGAGGUCAUUGGCGAUUCAGUUAACCAGAGGACCACCCUCGCACGUUUCGAAUGCUAAUCAACGGGAGAGUCCGAAGGAACAUCCAGCCGAUGAAAUGUGGAUGUACGAUAAAGGGUACAACUUGUUCCAGAGUUUCCUGGAAGCAAAUUCGAAGUGUUGGUGGAACGCGGCUCUGGUGGACGCAACUCGGCAGCUCAGGUACAAGGGUCACGUGUCUCCAGGUGUGCUGAUGGUUGGCGGACCACCGUGCGCCCUCGAGGUCUUGAGGGCGGCAUGGGCGCGAAAUGUUCUUCGACCACCCGCAGACCACUCGAUCACCUGCCUCGGUGACAUAGAGGACUGUCUGGUGGCUCCGGUCUCGCAAGGGCAGUUCACGCCAUUGCCGGAGGCUCUGUGCUGGGCCAUCCUCGAGCUGACAUCGCAGAGGCAGGCGGCGACUCUUGAUACCCUGAGAUCAGCCCUGAGGAACGCCUUCCCGGCCAUGCAGAGGCCCAGUCGCGAACUCGUUUACGACGCACUGGCGAAGCUUAUGCAGGAACGUAAAAUCUAUCACACGUCCCAAGGUUACUUCGUCGUGACGCCGGAGACGAAAAGGCUCAGGCGCGAUUCCGGUAGCUCCAGGCGGUGUUCCAGGGACGUGAACGGAUCCCGGGGUCAGGGUAGCAUGUUGAUGAGCAACGACGAGGCAGUGGCACUCGUGCAUGGUGAAAUGCUCACGCUGCGCGACGGUGAUGUCACGCAUCAGGCUGUACAAACAAACUUGGCGGACGUUAUUUGCGGAGGAAAUCCCAAUGACAAAGUCCUGUUCGCCAGAUGUCGAUCGAUGCCCGGUCGACUCGAGAGGCGACAUUCCCUGCGACUUUGGGGUUCGGCUAGACGUCUGCACAGAAGUGGCAGUUCGCGAUCCUUGCCGCGAAGACCCGAAAGGAGUGACACUUCCUCCAGUGCAGAAUACGCCAGCACGGACAGCACGCCUCACAGUCCAACUAGUUUUUCUGGGAUCGUUUCAGAGAAGAUAGGCCUACUCUCCAGGCUCUUUCGACGGAGUACACAUAGGAAGGGCGCACCGUUAAUGGGCACUUUUAGUGCUCAAUAUCCCCCUACCGAGUGGUUUAAUCCGCGCGUUGUGCACUUGCACAGCGUUGCCACGCAAACAAGGGCCGCUAGCCCUUCGAUGAUAGAAGGCCUAAAUCAGUCGCAGACCAGUUUCCAAGUAUGGGAUGACUCGAGCUCGGUGCGAUCAGCUACUCUGCCAAGGCGACAUCGGCGCCAAGCCAGCGGUGACUCCUCGAGCUUGUUGGCUAACUCGACGCCAAGGAGUUCUCGAAGACAUCGGUCACCGUGCUCCACGCUGCCGAGAUCCAAAUGCUCCAGUCUGAGCAGAUGCACGUCCAGAGCGUCCGUUUUACCGUCCAAUACCACCACAAAUCAGGAUACCUAUCAAACGCGUAGCCAAGCGCAAACCGACAAAAAUUCAAGCAAUUCCUCACCUAGUAGGAGUGGUGGCAGCUCAGGCUCAGUUAGGACAAUGAACGCGAGUCCAGCUAAGACGAUCACUCUCGGCAGAACAAAUGCCAGGCAAUCCAACUCGAGAAGGCCGAGUCACGAUUUCAGCAAUAGUGGGACUAAGUCGGCCAACAGUUCUCCGCAGCACAAGGUACUACAAAAAACGUCGUCGGGUCACUCCAGUGGCAAGUCCGUGUCCAGCACUAAGCUAAGCUGCUCCCCACUGAAGACAGCCACGCUAUCGGCGAAAUCAUCGCCGCUUAAGGUCGUUCAGCAAGGCUCGCUGACGCCUCUGCAAGAAGCUCAGAACUCGAUAACGCUUCAGGUAUCGACUAAUCUGAGCCCGGCAUCGCAGGAACAACGGACAAUACAGAACAGCGUGACGCUGGCCUCCAAUACGACUAGCACGACGACCAUAUCUGGCUCGGCCGGCACAAAAAUCUACGUCCAGCAGAACAAUUCGCCCAUGAGGUCCGUGAUCACUUUCGAGAAUGGCAUGGUGAAGACUAAAAUUGCCGAAAAGGAGAUGAUCGAUUGCAAGGAGAAACAGGAAAGGGAACUGGUAACCGAGAAAGCCUACAAGACCCGGAUGGAUGACGAGAAGCUCUUCAAGUCGAAGCUCGACGAGAAGUUGAACAAGCCAGUCAAGCCUGAACGCCCGUCGUCCUUGUACGCGCCGAAGGAGCCAAAAGCGAGCCAUAUAUUGUCGGAAUCCGACAAGGAAAACAAGCCGAAAGUCGAGGAGGAGGUGUCGAAUAAGCUAAAACUGACAAACCGUUUGAACAACAGUCAGGCUCAUCUGAUCGACGGUUCCACCAAUAACGUCGACAAGAACGCGCUGGUGCACGAGGCCGCCACGUCAUUGUCUAUCACGAAGAACACCAACGACGCGAUGAACAACUCGCGCAAGCUCAGCCUGUCGCUCAGCAAGGAUGCGCUGAGCUACCGAAACCUGUUGCACCCCGACUCGAAGAACAACAUCGCCUCAAAUCCGCCGUCGCCCACGAAGUCGUACGACGGCUUUGGCGGCUCCUUCAACGACGUCUACAUCGAGAAUUUGGAAACGACGAAGCAACAACGAGCACCUCAGGGCUCUGAGCCCAACUUGGACAAAACGGUGAGCCGAGGCUCGGACCUGCAUUCCUAUCCUAGUCUCAGCGAUAUGCAAGUGCAAUUCACCAGCCUGGCGGCGCAGAAAAUCUUGAAGGGUUGUCCGAUCAACAGCGUGGACACUCUCGUCGAGGUGAACAUGGCAGCCGCCGAUAAGCCAAACAAUUACGACGUUACGGUCCACACGGAUUUUGGCCUCGUUUGAGAUCCGUCAUUCCAUCCCGUAAACCAUUAAUUCCAUCAUUAUCCAUCCAAGCGCAGGCAAGAAGCUUCCAUUGAUUUCUUAUCCGAGUCUCCUACCCAAAUAUCAAUCAAUCGUAUCCGCUGAAAACAAUUAAUUAACUUGUCUCGAGACGUCGAAGAAACGCCAGCAAAUCUUGCUUCUUGUAUGUACGACAGAAAGCUUAUUCCCUUUUAGUGGAAGAGUCGCAUACAUGUAAGUCUAGCGUAUAAGAAUACUACGUUGCGUAGAACACGCGCGGCGUAACAGUUACCAGUGAUCCGUCGCUCAUUACAUUCCUUCCCUGUGUCUUUUAACGAACAUCCAUGUAACAUUCUCUAUGCCAAUCCCGCAAUAUCAGGACAAAAGGAAUUGUUGAGAAAUUCACGAAGCACGCAAAAAGAGAACCACCGGCUUGCUGAAUAAAACGCUCUUUUUCUUUCCAAGAAAGACGUGUUACCUCCUCGUAUCUUGUAACAGUUAACUCCAAAGAUAACACGAAAUUGCGCUGUUCGGUGACUCAGGCAUGUAUUGAAUUUUUUCCAAAUUUUGAGACACACACGUAUACACGCAUGAUGGGUGCGCAUAUCACGUAACAACGACAGUUUUGCAUCGCUUUACUCAGGCUAAAGCGAUUUGUCAAAGCGAUAUCUCACGUACAACACGUCUCGUUACGUGUUACACGCGACCCGAGACAGGAGAAGGAAGAGAAACGCGUGCAAGAGCUGAAAAUUGUGCCGAAUUAAAACACUGCCAUUUUUACAUAUGAUUGAUAUAUAUAUAUAUAUAUAUAUAUAUAUAUAUUUUUUUUAUAUUAACUCUCUCUUUUUUGCGUCGUCACAAUAGUGAGGUAUACAAAACUUAUAUAAAACGAUGCAUGUUCCCUGAACGUAAGUAUAUUGUAACGAAAACGCCUUUUGUCAACGUCGUAAAUAUAAUGUAGAAAGGAUCAAGAAUGAUUAUGCGGCUUUCGCUACGCUACGCGGUGCAGAUUGGAUAUCAAACACACGUACACACACCAACAAAUAAUUACACAGAGUGCAUAGGAAGGCGUUUAACUCUUGGAACGCAGUCGGUACCAUUCGCAAUUAGUGCAAUCGUAGAUCCAUAAGUGCCAAAACUUAUCGUAGUACUUAACACAAUCGCCUUAAUAUAAUAAUUUCGUUCAUACAUCAGCGAUUUCGCAGACGCAACAAACCACGAAAAGAAAGUAGUAUUGAACAUUAAUCGUACGUAAGGCCGUAAUCCUACAAAACGUUAGGCAAUUGGACGAGUGCGAUAGUGGAGAAGAAAAAUGAAGAAAGACGCGUUCGCUUUGUAUAUUACAUACUUUGUAUCCUCGAUUAACCGAACGGUGAUGGAUUUACGAUCGUCCACCUAGCUAGAUAGUAUUGCAUCACGGGUCAUCUCUUACUGUAUGAGCUGCAAAUCAUAUGGCUGAGAUUUUUAUUUGGAUUAUCUCAAAAUAUAUUAUUGACUGUGCAAAAUAUUUUAUUUUUACUGAUGCAUUUUUCAAGAUAUUUGACAAUAACAAUCCUUCUGUUACUGAUGUAACAAUUACUAUAAUUAUUGCAAUUGUUAUUUGUAUCAUUAUAAUACAAAAUUAUAACACAAAAUAUAUGGGAUGCAUCCUUGCAACUUGCUCGGGAUAUUAAUUUCAUUAUAUUGCAAAAAUAUGAUCAAUUUAAAGUUAAAAUGAUUUCGAGUAUUAAAAUUAAAUAUUUAAAGAAAAGCAUGUAAAAUUGAAAUGUCUUAAAAUAAGGAAAUUGCAUUUCCUCGAAAAGUUGGCAUUUCUAAACGGUGGAAUGUUCGCGAAUUCUCGCCUCGUAUUUGUUAUCAAAACUAACUUGUCUAGACUAUUAUUAUAUAUAAUCUUACGAAUUAUAACAACGAGAAUAUAUGGAUAAUAAAAAACUAAAAAAACGCA